AUGUUGCCGGACCCAUCGAUUCGUCUCCGCAAUGCAAUUAUAGAGGGGAAACUUAUCAUUGUGAAGCAGGUGCUUCGCAGGUGGCCUGAGCUUCUCACCAAUAUCGAUCCAAGCAACGGCUGGAGCUCACUGCACUACGCAGCGUAUUACGGAAGGUAUCUUAUAUGUGUGCAGCUGAUACAGCAGGGUCACGACAGGCAGGGGACGCUCCGAACGUUCACUGGAAGCACAAGCGUCCAUCUUGCGCUCAAAAAUGGGCACGAGCAGACAACACAUGUUCUGCUACAGAGCUUCCCGCAAACGCUGGCAAGCAAAGACGUGGGCGGCAGGACCCCUGCGCAUAUUGCGUGCAUGCAGGACUAUCACACGUGUUUGAGUCUGCUAUCAAGUGCGGGAGCGGAUCUUUCUCUAACUGACAACGACGGCAACACGCCGCUGCAUAUUGCAAUGAUGUACAACAGUGUUAACUGUAUAAGGCUGUUGGUGCUGGGAUCUCUGAGCGAGGAGGACUACUUACGCAAGAACAACGACAACUGGAAGCCGGAGCAGCUGGCUGGCACCAUGGAGACGCAGCGUGUGUUCCAGAACCUGGUGAAGGAAGCACACAAGCAGCGCGAGUCCGGAGUUCCGCGGCCUGCCUUCCUACAGACCUUGACACUGCCGGGUGCGCACUUGAAGGCCGAAGAACAAACCUGUCCCUCGCUGCUUAACGUGCGUGUCUUCCACGACGCUUCAGCGGAGCCUGACGCUGGCACAAACACACAACCACAAAAAGAGCCAACAACGCUGCUGCCACUGCUUCCAGCGUACCCAAACCAAAAGCCGGCAAAGGGAUAUCCGAAGACACCCACGUCGAACCACUUCAACACCACGCUGUCCUCGGCAACUAACCACUCCAGUAGUUCAUUGACCCGUAUUCGCACAUUCAAUGACUGCUCUUCAUCUCUCUCAUCCGAGACCCAGUCACUCCGCCAACGGGCAAGCGGGAGCCAGGAGGGCCAGUGGUCUGUUAAAAAUGCCUCCGGGCGGUACUUCCACCAAGGUGAUACCAGUUUGAACGCGAUGUCUAACCUUUUACCAGUGAACAACACGCCGCGCAAUCGCGAUGCCGAAUUGAUCAACAAGUACCUAGUGGAAGAUAAGGACCUCCGGACGCCCUCGCCGCUGCCGAUGCACGUACAACACUACACGAAGAGUGAAAAGUCAUCCAGUGGCGGUCAUCAAUCUCUCUUGAACAUCCCAAUUUCAAAAGUACGUAUAUAG